AUGAGUCUUUGGAACAAGAUCCCCUUCCCAGCGGCCGCUGAACACUUGCCCGUCACCGAUCGGAAUGUCCUCGCUGGGCUUGCCUCUGUAUCAGACGUCCAUGCUUGGACCACAGCCAAGGUGGACGAGUACCGCAAGCUCGCACUCGUGCUUGUCUCCAUCUACAACGCUGUCACUCCCAUUCAUCGACUUCCCACCGAAAUCCUCGAGCAGAUCUUCCAACGAAGAUGGGACAACCGCGCUGGCCUGUAUCUCUCCCACGUCUGCCGUCGUUGGCGCGACAUUCUUCUCCAUAGCGCUCGAUUCUGGGCAGGCGCAUUGGAGAGCGAGGAGAUCGACGCAAUACAUGCCACCCAUGAUCCCGUGCCAUAUUUGAAGGCCCUCCUCUCGCGCGCCAAACCGCACACUCACGGCAUGAGUCUUCGCUUCCGGGGAUUCCCCCCUCGUGUCGUCGAGUCAUUGGAUUUGUACUUUGACCGGCUUGUGUCGCUGCAGGUGGCCGUAGGCGAAGACGACCUACCUGACCGGCUAUGGCCUGCGCUUCUUGGCGGAAUGCCGCAUCUACGGGACCUAUGCAUCCAGGUAUUGGUGACAGAGCAGGACAUCGACGCAUGGUCUGACCCAGACGACGUUUAUCGGGUCUGGUUCUACGAAGAGUACGAGGACAUGAGAUGGAGCGAGCUUUCCAUGUUGUCCGCUGACCAUCUCCCUUCACUCAUUCGGUUAACCUGUCCCCCCAAUAUCCUCCGGCACUUCUCCAACACUCCGUUCAGACAUCUGAAGCUACAGUGGUGGGAGAACAUGUCACCUGACCGCGAGACACACCCAUACCCAGACCACGAAUGGAUCGGCACGCUCAGUGUCUUCGUGGGUCAUGACGCUCUGGAGACGUUAGAACUCAUGCCAUGGAAUUUCGCUGAGAUUUCAUCACCAGCUCUUGCCCCUGUGACAUUUUCUCUUUUGCGUUACCUGCGCAUUGAAAACGAUGAUGCAAAGGCCAUUGCCCAGUUCAUGAUCUUGCUCCCCUUCCCGGCCACGCUGCGCAUCCAUCUCGUCAACAGUUCGUGGUUCCGUGAUCCUGAUUUCUCCGAGCUCCUCCCACAGGAGGAUGAUACACAGCUUCGCGCGAUUGUAGGAGCCGUCGAUUGCGUGCACAUCGAACAGGCGCGACUUGACACCGCUGAUUCCUACCGAAACUACCACUUCAUCCGAUGCUACGCUGCCGACCUCGAACGUCUCCGCAUGGAUAAGUACACACUCUCUCCGGACGGUUUAAUCGAUGUCUUCCGCGAUCACGCGCGAAUCACACGUCUCGUACUCAGCCUCGAGGAGAGCGGUGUUCCCAUAGACUUCCACGCAUUCCCGCAGCUGGAGGAGCUCGACGUGAGCGGGCCGUACGUGGAUUACACGCUGGAUCUGCUGCAACCGAUUCCGUCGGAACGAACAAAACGACCGAAAAAUACCAUUUGCCCUUCUCUGGCAAGGCUCAUUAUCCGUCUGCGAAACCCAGACUCCUCAAAGGAGGCGUCCACGGAGUUCGAGGUUGCUGUUUCAGGGGGCCAGUGCUCUGGCCUACGAGAGGUCCUUGCGCAACGUGCAACUCCGUACCGAAACCGUCUCUCAUAUUUGGAGAUCAAUCUUCCUUCACCCACAGAGUCGGGACUCGGUCACUCUAUCUCGCAGACCACCAUCAAGGGUCUGCGAGAGCUGGUCGAUGGUCCCGUCAUCGUGAAGUCUGGCGGAUGA